UACUAUUCACGUGACGCAUAAUUAUAGACACGACAUAACUGAAGCGAUAUAGUGACUGUGUGACUAGCAGUUCAACGAUGGCCGACGCUCCUGUUGUAAAAAACCAGCGAUUCGUCUGCUCGGGAAACGAUAGAGUUGGGAUCGCCGGCAUGGCAAGGCGUGCGGCUUGACAUAUAUAUUUACACGACUGCGCUGUUUGAUAAUAUCAUAUAAGUCACAUUACACUGGCGUAAUACGUUUAUUGAAUAUAUUAUCUAUAGAGGAACCUAGUGCGAAGCCUAUAGUAUGCAGUGGCCAGUGAGUACGUUGCGAUGAUUACGUUUUACAAGGCCCGAGAUCCGAGAUUAUAUAGUUUCACCAAACACCUAGACUAAAAAUGUUGACUUACCUAGACGUGCAUUUUAUUUACACCCUGCCAGUCGUCGCAGUAUUGGCUUUGAUAACAUGGCCGUUUAUAAGUCGCUUCGAAGUAGUCAAAAUCGGAUUCGUCUGCAUGAUGGCGUUUGUGUACACGACACCGUGGGACAAUUAUAUAAUCUUCCACAACGCCUGGAUGUACAAGCCCAAAAACAUUCUUGCCGUCAUAGGAUAUGUGCCCGUCGAAGAGUACAUGUUUUUCGUCAUUCAAACCCUUAUGACAUCACUGUGGGCCUUGAUUUGUACCAGGUGGUCUCCGGCUUGUUUUAAUUUUAAUUUCAAUAAGACAAGCUACACACUAAUCCGUUGGAUACCGAUAUUAAUCUUAGCUUUGGCGACAAUUCAGGGCUACAACAUAGCUACACCGGGCAAAAACACGUUCUAUUUGGGCUGCAUCAUGUGGUGGUCGUGCCCGGUCAUAAUGUUCCUAUGGUACGGUGCCGGUAAUUACUUUGUUAAAAAGUCGACAUCGACAGCGAUCGCGGUUAUUGUUCCCACUUUGUACCUGUGUUGGGUCGAUCGUAUAGCGCUCAAAGACGACGUAUGGCACAUCAACGAGAAAACCUCGUUGAACAUAUUCAUCGCCGAUGAUUUGCCGUUCGAGGAAUGUCUGUUCUUCCUGAUCACCAACGUGAUAAUCGUCCUGGGCAGCAUGGCUUUCGACAAGUCCUACGGGCUUGCGGACACGUACACGUUCGAAUUUCCACUCCUUUGUAGGCCAAGUUUGAAAUACUACAGUCAACAAAUGCUACCUUUCGUGACGGCCGAAUGCGACAUGUCACGGGGUCCGGUCGACGACAUCAGGCAGUGUUUAAAUGUGCUUAAAAGGGCUUCCAAAUCGUUCAACGCGGCCAGUCUCGUUUUUCCAGCAGGAGUCCGUUUGCAUUUGAUCAUACUAUACGCGUUUUGUCGAGUGACGGACGACAUGAUCGAUAGCGAGCCGAACGUCGGCGUCAAGAAGCAGAAACUCAUGCUGAUUGAAGAGUUUAUCGGUGAACUGUUCGCGGAUAGAACAGGAGACUACGACGUGAAGACGCCGACGACACCACGGAAACCAGAAAUAAACUGGAAACGUUACCGCCUAGACCUAACCGACGAGGAGCUUUCGUGCUUCCGGGCCAUAUCGCGGAUAUCGUUUUACCUGCCCCGGAAACCGUUUUACGAGCUACUCGACGGCUACCGAUGGGAUGUGGAAGAAAAAACGGUCCGGAACGAGACCGACCUGCUAUUAUACUCGAGUUACGUGGCCGGCAGUGUGGGCACGCUGUGCGUGUACGUCAUGGUAUACAAAAGUGGUGCAAAGAUCGACGACGAUGAAAGACACAAUUUCGUUAUCAAAAAAGCACAACAGAUGGGACAGGUGCUGCAGAUCGUCAACAUCUCCCGGGACAUCGUUACCGACAGCGAGACGCUGGGUCGGUGUUACGUGCCCGCCGAGUACAUGGACGACGCGGCCGCGGACGUGAACACCCUGUGCGCCGACAGGGACCCGUGGACUCUGGGAUCCAAGAAGCUGAAAACGUACGCCACGCGCAUGAUCAGGCUGGCCAACCAGUACCAGCUGGAGUCGCUGGAGGGCAUCCGGUACCUGCCGUACGAGGUACGCGGGCCCGUGCUGGUGGCCACCGACAUCUACCGGGGAGUGGCCUGCGCUGUGGAGGCAAGCCCGACGUACCCGCGGAGAGCGUCGCUGGGCAAGUGGGACAAGAUCCUCGUCGCCGUCAAUUCGCUGUACUUCAAGAGCCUGAGGUACUUUUUCCAAGCCGACCGCUGCAAGCGCUGUUGACGCGACACCGACGAGCCACGCUGCGAAACUGCACCAUCGUCCUGACCUUCGAAUGCGCGUGCUGCAUUCAUGAUGCAUUCCCCAAAUCCGCUGCAACAUAUAUUAUAUUGUCGACCGCCGCGCGAUACGAAAUAUAUCAAUAUUACCAUAGGCCUUUUACUCAUAUAGACUGGCCCAUCCUAUAAUACCAAAUAAAUUGCGAGUCACGUGCCUCACGGCACAGUGAUGCAGCCCGUUUAGUAUAAA